AUGGAUAACGAGAUCGAGGAAUUCGUCAAACGCUGCGCACCAUAUUCCACGGCUGGUAAAGCUCCGACGAAAACGACACUAGAGUCGUGGUCCAUUCCAAGUAAACCCUGGUCCCGGAUUCACAUCGACUACGCAGGACCUGUAGAUGGUGUCUACUUUCUGGUGGUGGUCGACCCGCGCUCCAAGUGGCCUGAGGUGCACGUAACCAAAUCGACAACAGCGAAAGUCAGCAUCAAACUAUUGAACCAGUCAUUCGUUACGUUUGGUGUACCCGAGAUAAUCGUAUCGGACAAUGGCAAUCAAUUUGCAGGACACGAAUUCCAAGUAUUCUGCACCAAUCUCGGUAUUCGGCACAUCCGCACCCCACCACAAUCCAACGGUUUGACUGAUAGAUUUGUGGAAACCGUGAAAACAAGCCUUCGGAAAAUUCGUUCCGAUGGAGUAGAAACGCCUGAGAAAGCGUUGCAAACAUUCCUGCAAGUAUAUCGCUCAACUCCAACCAGCGAUCUCGGCGGAAAAUCCCCUGCUGAAAUGAUGUUCGCAGCAGCCAUUCAUCCAGAAGAACCUGCAACAACACCGCGGUUAGAGGAACAACUUUUGGACGACUCAGACACCGAAUCUGAAGGUAUUGAAGAUCCAGAACCAACAGAUGCAAUUGAGGAGGCAGCCCAUCAGGAAACUCUACUAUUGGAAAGAGGACGGCGUAUGAUUCAACUUCCGCCCCGUUUCAAACCCUACUGGAUGACAAAACCUUAG